AGUGCGUCUGGUUCAACAGUUGAGAAUUGCCGGCGAUCGGGCAACCAGGGAAACCCUCCGGUUUUCCUCCGAAUCCAACAGGGAUACGCGAUUACUUCUACAUUUCACGACGCCGCGACCAUGGUGGUGGUAACAGCAGGCUCCGCGGGGCCCCACAAAGUGCUCCUCAUUUCCGGGAAACCGGCCGGCUCGCAGACGGGCUUCAACCGGCCGAUCUCCGUCGUCCUGCCGUCCUCCAGCCCGGCGUCGUCGGAUUCAGAGUCCAACUCGUCCGCGGGGCCGCCGAUCCGGAAGAGGCAGCGGCUCACCCACCUGAGUCCGGAGGAGAAGGCGCUCCGCAGGAAACUGAAGAACAGAGUCGCAGCUCAGACGGCCAGAGACCGGAAAAAGGCCAAAAUGGGGGAGCUGGAGCAGCAGGUCCUGGAGUUGGAGCUGGAGAACCAAAAACUUCACAUCGAAAACAGGCUACUUCGGGAAAAAUCCAGUGGCCUGCUGACAGAAAACGAGGAACUGAGACAGAGACUUGGGUUGGACACCCUCGACUCCAAGGAGAAGGUUCAGGUUUAUUUGUCCACGGGGAACGACGCAGGUUUGGGGAUCGGGUCUUCUGAGUCUGCAGCACUCAGGCUACGUGUGUCCGCAGCAGGUGCAGGCCCAGCAGUCCCCAAAUCUGAAGACUUCUCAAUGGAUUCAGAUGAUCCUGACACUACAGACCAUGAGUCUGAUCUGCUCAUGGGCAUUCUGGACAUCCUUGACCCAGAGCUGUUCCUCAAGUCCUGCGAACAGGAGUGCCCAGAACCGCAGGUGCUGCUGGUCGGAGGGGGGCACCCAGUACCUGCCACCGCACCUGCGCCUCUGGGGGCCCCAUCAGUUAAGCUGGAGGCCCUUAAUGAACUGAUCCACUUUGACCACAUCUACACGAAGCCCGUGGAGGAGGUGGGCGGCGGUGGCGGGCAUCGCGACGGCUCGGAGAGCGACACAGAGGAGGAGGAGGAGGAGAAGAGCAGCGUUGAGGCAGACUUCCUCGUCACAGGUGACGCUGACGACGGCGGCGGCGUGGUGGUCGAGGAGGAGACGGUCAGUGUCAAGGACGAGCCGGAGGAGGAGGUCAUCGCCAGCUGUGACGCUCACAGUCCGCUGGAUGACUUUUUCUCCGGCGUGUCCCCCGCGGCCCUCGGCGGCCUGGAUAAGGAGCCGUGUCUCGCAGACACCUACAGCGACUCUGGAUACGAAGGAUCCGCGUCCCCUUUCAGCGACAUGUCCUCGCCCCUGUGCUCCGAGAGCACCUGGGACGACAUGUUCGCCAAUGAACUUUUCCCCCAGCUUAUCUGAAUCAACCGUCCAGCCCAUAAGUCAAAAAUAAAUGUAUGUAGUUCAGUAACUACAGAGAAGCACACAGUGCUUCAUGGCAACAAAAGGACACCACCCAAUCGGCUCGUGUACGGGCCGAAGUUAAGCACAUGAUUUCCUUUUUUUUAUUACAGCAGGUCUGUAUCAUUUGGCGAUGCUGCGUUGACUUGCGGGAGAUGGAGUUCAUGGCGGCUUAUUUUGGCGACAAAAAAUUCACUCACUGUUCAAAACGACACGUGGGUGGAAUCCAGUAUUGUAAAUGAAUAGGGGGAAGGGGGGGGGGGCGACCAUUUAAAUAUAAGCUUUUUAUUUAUUUGUGUGUUCUGAUUCAGAGUCAUUGUACGUCCACAUGUAAAGACGCUUUCUUCUAAUUUGUCGACGCUCUCCACGUAGUCUUAAUUACUGCAUUAAAAAACUUUUUGCAUUGCA